GGAUGGUUUCCCAAGGAACAGCAUAGUUUUUGCUGUCAGUGGGGAUUUUGUUCUACUUGUGGUUCAGAUCCUCUGGGUGGAGCUGCUCACAGAUCCCAUGUCCCAGAGCAGAGGGCUGGUGGUCCUUGCCUACAGCGGGGGGCUGGACACUUCCUGCAUCCUGGUUUGGCUGAAGGAGCAAGGCUAUGACGUCAUUGCUUACCUGGCUAACAUUGGACAAGAUGAGAACUUUGAAGAAGCAAGGAAAAAAGCCGUCUCGCUUGGGGCCAAAAAGGUAUACAUUGAAGAUAUCAGGCAAGAGUUUGUGGAAGAGUUUAUCUGGCCAGCAGUCCAAGCCAACGCCAUCUACGAAGAUCGGUACCUUCUGGGCACUGCCCUCGCCAGACCCUGCAUUGCUCGGAAGCAGAUAGAAGUGGCUCAGAAGGAAGGAGCCCAGCACGUUUCCCACGGAGCCACGGGCAAGGGUAAUGACCAGAUUCGAUUUGAGCUCACCUAUUAUGCUCUUUGCCCUUCGAUCAAGAUCAUUGCUCCUUGGCGGAUGCCGGAAUUCUACAAGCGCUUCCGAGGGCGGAGUGACCUGAUGGAAUAUGCCAAGAGUCAUGGCAUCCCAAUCCCAGUCACGCCGGCCAAUCCCUGGAGCAUGGAUGAAAACCUCAUGCAUAUCAGCUACGAGGCCGGGAUCUUGGAGAACCCCAAGAAGCAGGCACCUCCCGGCCUCUAUACAAAGACAUGCGAUCCUUCUGCAGCUCCUGACGCUCCUGACAUCUUAGAGAUUGAGUUCAAGAAGGGUGUCCCCGUCAAGGUGGUGAAUGUCAGUGAAGGGACCACUCGCCAGUCGGCCCUUGAGCUCUUUCUUUACCUGAAUGAAAUUGCGGGCAAACAUGGAGUUGGGCGCAUUGACAUCGUGGAGAACCGGUUUAUUGGGAUGAAGUCCAGAGGUAUCUACGAGACCCCAGCAGGGACCGUCCUCCACCACGCUCAUUUAGACAUUGAGGCCUUCACUAUGGACCGGGAAGUGCGGAGAGUCAAGCAGGGCCUCGCCUUGAAAUUCGGAGAACUUCUGUACAAUGGUUUCUGGUACAGCCCAGAGAGUUCCUACAUCCGCCACUGCAUUGCCCGGUCUCAGGACCUUGUGGACGGAAAGGUCCGGGUCUCCAUCUUCAAGGGCCAAGUCUACGUUUUGAGCAGGGAGUCUCACCGGUCCCUUUACAACGAGGAACUUGUAAGCAUGGAUGUCCAGGGGAAUUAUGAGCCAUCUGACGCUACUGGAUUCAUCAGCAUCAACUCCCUUAGGCUGAAAGAAUAUCAUCGACUCCAAGACAAGAAUUGUCAGAACAUCUAGCUUUGGAGAAAUUUUAUGUGCUUUGAAAGUAAGUAAGAUGGAAGCCCCCUCUGGAUGUAGACAUGUAUAGUUUUGUUAAUUUGCAUAUUUUCAUCGAAGAUCCCACGUGCCCACAAGCCCUCAAAGAUUUAUCGAAGCCAGAUGCUACCGGAUGGUGGCAGCUCGUUGUGGGUUUUCUGUUGAGCUUAGAGAAGCUUUCAUUGUUGUGAAUUGUUGAAUGAUUGUAUGCUUUGACAUAUAUUUGUGGAGACUGGGCCAUUAUUUGUCUCAUAGCCCCAUUUGUAGACUCUGUUCACACUAGUGAUUGAAUAAAGUAUGAAGCUAUUCUGUUCUACUGAUUGCUAGCCAUGGUUUGUGCAUUGUUCACAACUUUGAUUGCUAGUGCACAAUCCCCACCUUUGCGUUCUCAUGAGAAGGAGGUUGUCACACAGUUGCUGGCCUCUCACCAAAGUGCCCUUGAUCCCAAUGAUCUUUUGCAGGGGGGGGGGAUGAAGAACUGCUAUAAAACUCAUAUAAAUCAGCAAGGCUAUGCAGUUGCAAACUCAAUGUGGUCGAAACCCUGACUCACCAACUCUUGCACUGCACCAGAUUUGAUAACAUCAGAUCUAAAUAUAC